GGUGAGAUGGAGCUGGGAGCUAGGCUAGUGUCUGUUCUUUUACUCUGGGCUCUCCAGGAUGGGGACUGGGCUACAAGCAAGGCCCUCUCCUGGGCUACCCAGAGCCCUGCUCCAGGAUCUUCAUUCUCUCCACCCCCUGUGGUGGCAGUGCAGUGUGAGGAUGACCGGCUAGUAGUGAGUGUGAACAGGGACUUCUUUGGAACUGGACGGCUGGUCCAGGCUGCAGAGCUGACCCUGGGCCCUUCGGCUUGUGCCCCUGUACCUGCAGAGCCCCUGAGUAAGAGAGUCGUCUUUGAGGUGGGACUCCAUGAGUGUGGGAGUGAACUCCAGAUGACCCCAGACUCGCUCAUCUACAGCACUGUGCUCCAUUAUGCACCAAAUCUCUCCCAGAGUCCACUGGUCCUUAGAAGCAGUCCAGUAUCAGUCCCCAUCCAGUGUCAAUACCCCAGGAGAGACAAUGUGAGCAGCAGAGGCAUCCAGCCCACCUGGGUCCCUUUCCAUUCUACCCUGUCCAGGGAGCAGCGGCUCAAGUUUUCCCUACGCCUCAUGGCAGAUGACUGGAGUACAGAGAGGACAUCUUCAGCCUUCCAGCUGGGGGAUUUGAUCCACAUCCAGGCUGAUGUCUACACUGGCUACCAUGUGCCUCUGAGGCUCUUUGUUGAUAGCUGCACAGCCACCUUGACCCCAGACCCAGCCUCUGUCCCCUACCAUGUUGUCAUUGACUUCAAUGGGUGCCUGGUAGAUGGACAGUCACGUGACUCUUCCUCAAUCUUCAUUUCUCCCCGGCCUGGGCAGAAUGUGCUGCGUUUCUUGGUAGACUCCUUCAGGUUUGCCCAAGACUCUAGGAAUGAGAUCUAUAUCACCUGCCACCUAAAAGUCACAGCCACUGACCAGGCCCCCAGUCCCUUGAACAAAGCCUGUUCCUAUAACUCAACAGCUGACGAGUGGCUCCCUGUGGAAGGCCCUAGGGACAUCUGCAGCUGCUGCCAGACAGGAACCUGCAUAUCCCUCUCAUCCUCCAGGAAACGGAGCCUAGCAGAUCAGGAACCAGGUAACCCUUCAGAAUUUGAGGCUGACCUGAUGCUGGGGCCUCUGGUUCUAUCUGAGGCUGAGAAUGGGCCAAAAUCGGGGCAAGGGAACAAUGUGGGAGGCAUCCCAAAAUGGCCGGAGCUGCUGCUGGGGUUGACUGUAGGGAUAGCGGCUACAGUCUGCCUACUGCUGGGCCUCAUCAUAGGCAGCCACAAAUUCGGGUCUCCUUGCUCCAGGAAUGUCUAGGGCUUCUAUCACUCUGAAAUAAAGUGAAGGAAAAC